CUCUUUCCGCUGCCAUAUCUUCACAGCCUCCGAUCCCCUUCCUCUCUCUCUCUCCCUCUGCUUUCUCUCUCGGUCUCCCGGAGAGAAAGCGGAACCGCUCCCGCCUUCGAUCCUUCGACGCCCCGACCCAUCAUCGCCCGCCAUCGGAUUCGUCGCAAAGACCCCAUCUUUUCCGAUACCCAGGAACCGUUGAUUUCCCCCCGUCGCCCUCGCCCUCGCCGUCGCUCCCGUUCCUUCCCUCCGAUCUCGGCGACCGGGCCCGAUUCGCCGGCACCUCCUCCGGUUCCUCGACUCGUGCGUUAGGGAUGGCGUUGAUUGCUCAGUAGAAUUCUUCUUGCACUUGGGUUUAGUCAACGAGAGAAGUCUGUAUCAGGUCCUCAUCUGGUUUCUACAGCUAGCGAAUAUGGCGAUCCGGGUCACGUUCGGCUACUCCGGCUACAUGGUGCAGAGCAUCGCCUCCACCGCCGGGGUACGCCUCAACAGCUGCCGGCUCCUCCAGGAGUGCUGGGUCCGGUCCCGCGUCCUCUGCCCGGGGCAGAAGCCCGACCCCAGCGAGUUCAGCCCCCCGAGGCCCGGGUUCGGGUUCUCGAGCCGUGCGGCGGCGGCGGCGGGCGGCGGCUGCUCCUCGUACUCGACGCUCGCGGCCGAGGCCCUCGGGGCCGAGUGCCGGAGCCCGAUCGUGGUCGGCUUGAUCUCGGCGAUGAGAUCUCUGUCCUCGAAUUCGUGUUCGGCCAAUUCGAUGGGCAUCUUCGGGAUCUCGCCGAUCAAGGCGUCCUCGAUAAUCCCCUUCUUGGAGGGGUCGAAGUGGCUGCCCUGCAACGAGGCGUUGCCGGGCUCGGCGUGUAACGAUGUGGAUAAGGGAGGGACGGUGCGUUGGGAGAAAGAGAACAGCGAUGGCGACGAUGGCGAGUGCAUGAAGAUGCAGGAGGUGCAUAGGCACUCGGCCGCAAGGAGCGGGUGGUUGGCCCGGCUGCUCGGGGAUUACUCCGAGGAUGCUAAGGCGGCUUUCACGGCUUUGACCGUGAGUCUGAUGUUCAGGUCGUUCUUGGCCGAGCCAAGGUCGAUUCCUUCUACUUCCAUGAAACCUACUCUGGAUGUAGGUGACCGCAUUUUGGCAGAGAAGGUUUCAUACUUUUUCAGAAAGCCAGAAGUUUCGGAUAUAGUAAUAUUCAAGGCACCACCAAUAUUGCAGGAAGUUGGCUUCAGUUCAGCCGAUGUAUUCAUAAAGAGAAUUGUGGCAAAGGCUGGGGACUAUGUUGAAGUUCACGAUGGUAAACUAUUGGUGAACGGCGUUGCUCAAGAUGAAGAUUUCAUCUUAGAGCCACUUUCUUAUGAGAUGGAACCAAUGCUUAUUCCUGAAGGAUAUGUAUUUGUAAUGGGAGACAACAGGAACAACAGUUUUGACUCCCAUAACUGGGGUCCUCUGCCUGUCAAGAACAUUGUUGGCAGAUCAGUGUUCCGAUAUUGGCCUCCCUCCAGGGUCUCGGACACUAGAUAUGAUCCUCAAUCUGCAAAAGAAGAUGUUGUUGUUUCCUGACAUAGCCUCAUGCUCGCUGAAAGGGCAAUUGCUUUUGACCCCUUAUCUAAUUUAGGUGGUGAUUUUUACAAUUAUUCUCCACUCUUUCUGGCUCAUUGUUGAGCAUAUGUGAACAUAUUGGAGUCUUCCUUUGACCUUGCGCAGGCAGCUUGCUUUUGCCUGUUUUUGAUGGAUUGUCUCGUCCAUCUUGUGAAUAGUGAGAAGUAAAAUGAACAGAAAAAAAGAUCCAAAAAAAGAGAAAAACCGAAAGCCCCAAAAAAAAUGGAAAAAGAAAAAGAAAGAGAGGGACUGAUCCAAUAGUUUGUUCAUUGGUUUACUUAGCCAGUGUUGCAAAUUUUUUCCUACCUGUAAUGACAUUGUGUUACGUUUAUAAGAGAGGAGUGGGGAAAUUCUAAGAUUUGAACAGUAA